AUGCCGCCAGAAGAGACUCGUGCUCUGUUCUGUGAGGAGAAUCGUGCUCUGUUCUCCGAGGAGACUCGUGCUCUGUUCUCCGAGGAGACUCGUGCUCUGUUCUCCGAGGAGACUCGUUCUGGAGGUGUAGAGCUGCUCCUCGUCCUGUGCGGCCUGGAUCUCUCCUCCCCCUGUCCCAGGGACUGUAUCUGCUACACCUCUCCCAGCACCGUAUCCUGUCAGGCACACAACUUUCUGUCUGUCCCAGAGGAGAUCCCAGCCCAGAGCGAGAGGGUCUUCCUGCAGAACAACAAGAUUCAGCGUCUGCUGCGAGGCCACUUCAGUCCCACCACGGUCAUGCUGUGGCUCUACUCCAACAACAUCUCUUACAUCCAGGCCUCCACUUUUCACGGCUUUGCCCGCCUGGAGGAGCUGGAUCUGGGGGACAACCGUCACCUGAGGGCCCUGGCUUCAGACACCUUCCAGGGCCUAGGCCGCCUGCACGCCCUGCACCUCUACCACUGUGGGCUGCUCAGCCUGCUGCCGGGGAUCUUUGAGGGGCUCAGCAGCCUGCAGUACCUCUAUCUGCAGAACAACCAGUUGGAGUUCCUGGAAGAUGAUCUGUUUGUGGACCUGCUGAACCUCACCCACCUCUUUCUCCAUGGCAACAAGCUCUGGUCCCUCCACCAGAACACAUUCAGGGGACUGGGAGUCCUGGACCGCCUCUUACUACACCAGAACCGGCUACAGUGGGUCCACCGUCUGGCAUUCCACGACCUGAGUCGCCUCACCACCCUCUACCUGUUCAACAACUCUCUGACUGAGCUGUCUGGGGCCAGCCUGGCUCUGCUGUCUUCCCUGGAGUACCUCAGACUCAACAACAACCCCUGGGAGUGUGACUGCAAGGCUCUGCCACUGUGGGUGUGGCUGCGGAGGUUCCGGGGCUCUACGUCGGUGCUGGAGUGCGUCUCCCCUCCUGAGCUCCAGGGCCGGGACCUGAAGGGCUUGAGGAAAGAGGACUUACCCAGCUGUUCAGCAGGAGAAGCCCGGGGAGGUGGUGUCGUAGGCGGAGAGGCCGGGCUGGGGGAGUCCCAGACGAAAGAGGAGGACUGUCGACUCCAUCACAGGAACCACAAGCACCGCCAUAACCACCACCAGCACCCACACCUCCCACACAGGGACCAGAACAACAGGGACCCGUCACCUUCGCCCCUACCCUUACCCCUUCCCAGGCCGCCCAAGGGGAGUCACAGGAACUGUACCCGGGGUCGUAAGGGGGGUCAGAACGAGGUGCAGGUACUGAGGGAGGAGGAGGACUACACCCCUGGAGGGAAUAAAUACAACCCCUCCGCCACCCCUCGCAGGAGGAACAAGUGUGUCCCCAUGACAUCAGUUGGCCCGCCCAGUGGGGUCAAGAGAGCCAAUAGUAACGUGGCGUCCUGCCCCGCUGGGAAUUUUCUCUGCAUCCUGUUGGCUGUGCUGCUGUCACUCAGCUGAGACAGAGUUUACAUGUAGCUAAUGUUUUAUCAACAACACCCUACAGGACAGUUCAGCACAUACACUUGUGACUGACCAGCUCUGGCUCCUGCACUGAGGUGUGUGUGUGUGUGUGUGUGUGUGUGUGUGUGUUGAAGUGUUCUCUGUUGAUGCGUUCAUUUUAACUGAAGCUUAGCCAGUGGAAUUACACCGUCGCUCUUUGAUGAUGUCAUAAAGGGGAGUAUCAGUCUCACCUCUAGGGGGUUCUGAUUUUGUGGUUGAUUCACUUGAGAAUACAAGAAGAAGAAUACUACUAUAGCCAUAUUACCUGAGAGGAUACCUCAGCCAUGAUGAUAACAUGACCCUAACAUGUUCUUGACAUACUAGAAAAAUAUCCCUAAAAUGUCAACUGAUCCAACACUCCUAACCUCUAGGUUACCUGCAGCCCAUAUUAAACUGUGUUAAUGACCCAACACUCCUAACCUCUAGGUUACCUGACCCAACACUCCUAACCUCUAGGUUACCUGCAGCCCAUAUUAAACUGUGUUAAUGACACAACACUCCUAACCUCUAGGUUACCUGACCCAACACUCCUAACCUCUAGGUUACCUGACCCAACACUCCUAACCUCUAGGUUACCUGACCCAACACUCCUAACCUCUAGGUUACCUGACCCAACACUCCUAACCUCUAGGUUACCUGACCCAACACUCCUAACCUCUAGGUUACCUGCAGCCCAUAUUAAACUGUGUUAAUGACCCAACACUCCUAACCUCUAGGUUACCUGCAGCCCAUAUUAAACUGUGUUAAUGACCCAACACUCCUAACCUCUAGGUUACCUGCAGCCCAUAUUAAACUGUGUUAAUGACCCAACACUCCUAACCUCUAGGUUACCUGACCCAACACUCCUAACCUCUAGGUUACCUGCAGCCCAUAUUAAACUGUGUUACUGACCCAACACUCCUAACCUCUAGGUUACCUGCAGCCCAUAUUAAACUGUGUUACUGACCCAACACUCCUAACCUCUAGGUUACCUGCAGCCCAUAUUAAACUGUGUUAAUGACCCAACACUCCUAACCUCUAGGUUACCUGCAGCCCAUAUUAAACUGUGUUUGUAACUAAUCUACAGUAACAGUGUUGUUUAUGUAAACAGUCUCCAUGUCUGUUUGUUUCUUUAUUGAGGCUUUCAAAAAAAGCUCCCUGGUCUUUGUAGUUGAAUCAGUGCUUGAAAAUGAAUACUUGACUAAGAGAUCAUACAGAUGUUGUAUGUAUGGUGGACAGAGGAAAGGGGUAGCGAUUCAAAAAUCACGUCACAUCAUUUCACACAGAGUGAGUCCAUGUAACUUAUUAUGGGAGUUGUCAAAAGCUGGAAAUCUUUGACACGAUAUCAAAGUGUGAACCCCGCCUCUGUUUUGAUAAAAAAUUAAAUAAUUUUAAAGCUGGGGGAUGGGCAUGGAGAAAUGUAACCACUUUCAAAUUCAUGGACAGAGCCAUUGAUGCAAGGAAUGACCUUCCAUGAUUUCAAAAUGAUAGUUGUAGCACGUGUUUUGAGGCUAUACAGAGUUUGUUUUGAGGCUAUACAGUGUUUGUUUUGAGGCUAUACAGUGUUUGUUUUGAGGCUAUACAGUGUUUGUUUUGAGGCUAUACAGAGUUUGUUUUGAGGCUAUACAGUGUUUGUUUUGAGGCUAUACAGUGUUUGUUUUGAGGCUAUACAGUGUUUGUUUUGAGGCUAUACAGUGUUUGUUUUGAGGCUAUACAGUAUUUGUUUUGAGGCUAUACAGUGUUUGUUUUGAGGCUAUACAGUAUUUGUUUUGAGGCUAUACAGUGUUUGUUUUGAGGCUAUACAGUAUUUGUUUUGAGGCUAUACAGUGUUUGUUUACAUUUACAUCAUUUACAAACAUUGAACUAAGCUCAUGAAGCAUUCUACAUUAAUCAAAUGGGAAUAUAUAAUUCAUUUAUAAGUCCAAAAAUUUGUCAUAAUUUAAGCCACAUUUUAUCCUGAACUAAUUUAGGCAAAACAAAGGGAGUGAAUACUUAUGCAAAUAAUAUAUUUUAAGUUAUUGAAAUUGUAUUCCUUUGUAAACAUUGGUAGAAUUACAUUUCAACCUUGACAUAAUGGAGUAUUUUGUGUAGAUCAAUAACAAAAAACAAAUCUGAAUUAAUAAAUCCCUUUCAAUUUCAAUUUGUAACGCAACAAAGUCCAAGGGGGGUGAAUUCUUGUCAUACCCACUGUAUAAGCUAUUCUAGUUGUGGAGACCCGCUGGGAAACAGACGUAAAUUCAACAUCUUUUCCACGUUGGUUCAAUGUCAUUUCAUUAAAAUGAUGUGGAAACAACGUUGAUUCAACCAGUGUGUGGGAAAGGUUAGUGCCUACGACAAGCCUAGAUGCCCAAGAGGCUCAAAGCCCAGAAGUCAGAGGUCAAUGAUAGCUAAGAGGGGAGUUGAGAGGUUAUUUAACCUCUCCAAUAGCCUCAUGUCUUGUUGUAGAGCCACAUAUGAACAAUACAUGUACCUGGGGCAUUUCAACAUCAGUCAGAGAGGAAUAAUAAAGGAAUGAUGGAAUGAGUAUUUAGUACUCCAAUGAGAAGAGAGAAUGGAUUUAACUGCUGCUUCAGGUGCAGUCCUCAUUCUGGAAUGUUGUGAGUGUUCUAAAAUACACAAUGGAUCUGAGAAUGUUGUGAGUGUUCUAAACCGCACAAUGGAUCUGAGAAUGCUGUGAGUGUUCUAAACCACACAAUGGAUCUGAGAAUGUUGUGAGUGUUCUAAAAUACACAAUGGACCUGAGAAUGUUGUGUAUUCUAAACUACACAAUGGAUUUGUGAAUGUUGUGAGUGUUCUAAACUACACAAAGGAUCUGAGAAACUGAACAUGGAACGUUCUGAUUCUACUGAACUGCUGCUAUGUUUGAGGAGACAGAGAGCUCUGGAACUCUCCUCGUGAUUCUGGUACCUUCUUUAGGAUAAGGAAUCUUCUUCAUGUUUCUGAAAUCUUCACGUUUCUUGAACUCUCUUUGUGAUUCACAAAACUUCCGUGUUCUGGAACUCUUAUUCAUGGUUCUAGAACCUUCUUCAGGAUCUGGAACUCUUCUUCGUGGAGAGGUGAUAAAGGGACAGGUGACAGAGGGCCCACAGUGCUCCUUGUGGACUGGAGGGGUAACAACACCUCCCCAGCCUUGCCCAGCCCUGUCCAGUCCUACACUCACCAAGCUGUCCCCACAGUGACGGAUGUCUCUGUGGAACAGUGGUCUCCAACCCUGGUCCUGGAGAUAUACAGGGCUUUUGUUCCAGCCCCACACUAACAGACCUGAUUCAACUAAUCCUGUGUUUCUCAAUUCAUUCCUGUGGGAACAACGAGAGCUUUUGUUCUAGCCUUGCACUGAUUCGGCUAGUGCAGGGGUCUCCAACCCUGGUCCUGGAGAUAUACAGGGCUUUUGUUCCAGCCUUGCACUGAUUCGGCUAGUGCAGGGGUCUCCAACCCUGGUCCUGGAGAUAUACAGGGCUUUUGUUCUAGCCUUGCACUGAUUCGGCUAGUGCAGGGAUCGACAAACUACGGCCCUAUGAAAUGUUCACAGAGAGGGAAUUUUUUGUUCGUUUUUUUACACUCCUGGCCUUGAUCAUCUAUAACUAAAUAGAGAGUAUCUCCACAUCAGUCAAAGCGUUGUCUGCUGAUGUGAUGCCCGUCCGUGAAUUCUCACCCAGGUGGAGAAGUGCAACUGAAGCACAACGUUUGUCUGAAGCUGAGCAGAAAUUACAAUAGAUUUGCGUUCACAAAACGCAACAAGAUAUUUCUUAUGCGUUUUACCUUCUUUCUUUUUUUUCCUGCGUGAAAAAUAAAGAAUUCUGCAUUUAACACAACUCCUAAGUUUAACUUGCUAAUUAAUUAAGUGACUGAAUGAAUAAUGUGAUUGGACAUUAUGUUGUGUUGGCUUUCUGCCGUGUUGGAGAAGCCAAAACCCUUUUGGAUGAAUCAUUUGUACAGCUGCAAUCUUUUGAUUUCCUGACUUUUUUUCUCUUCUCCUUCCUCUGCUUGUCUGCUCCUCCCCCAUCUUCUUCUCCGAGCAGAGCAGGCAGGCCCGUUGCCCUAGCGACUCCAGACUCCACACUGUGUGUACGUACACGUGCUGCUCCAGAGUCCGUACUGGUCAUUUGCAUAGUGUCUCUCGUUCACAUUCCCUCGUAAAAGUUUAAACUCACCAAAAAUGGCAUUCGGUGGCCUACCUAUGUAUGUAUAACUUUAUAAGUUAGACUGCCGUUCGCGCUCGUUAGAAUAUUUAGCUAGCAGGCUCCAUGGAAAUUCGCUAUUACUUGUGCUAAUUUUGUUAGCAUUCUGGUAAUAGACCCCUAAUGGACUUUUUUUUUACCCUCCCCCCCCUCCCACACACACACACUAGGCCGGUAAUACCUUAAAUCCCAGGAUAAGAGUCUGGAUACCAUCCGACCCUAGUGGUGACUCAGUUCUGAUUAGUUGAAUCAGGUGUGGUUCGUGCACUUCCUGCUGUGUGUCUCCAGGACAAGAUGGACGCUGCGGCAGACAGUAUUUGUACCGCUGUAAAAAAAUCCUUGAGGUGAUGCUAUCUAAAAUGACCUCUGUGUCCGUUCGUUGAUGUGAGGGUGACGUUUGUAACCACGGAGGAACUGGCUCGGUCCUUUCUGUCCUGUUAGUCUGUCGGCAGUCUUUAGUCUGUUUGCGGCCUGUUGGCAGUCUGUUUGCGGCCUGUCUGCAGUCUUCAGUCUGUUUGCGGUCUGUUGGCAGUCUGUUUGCGGCCUGUUGGCAGUCUGUUUGCGGCCUGUCUGCAGUCUGUUGGCAGUCUGUUUGCAGUCU